GUGCAACGACAGCAACGGCAGCUAGCAGCGACAUUACUGGAGCAGCAGAGCUUUCCACCAUCUCUGAACCAAUGGCUCGAGGUCCAUCACGCGGCUCGAGGCCAUUUACGGCCUCGACGUCUUCAGCAUCCGCCGGUUCAUCUUCCAAGGGCAAGCACGCCGCAGCAGCAGCAGCAGCUAGACUGUCCAAAUCAGACGAAGCGUAUACCUUCAUCCCGUCUUUACCGAAACAUCACAGGACGUCUCAGCAGACAUUAUCACUCUCAAGGGAAGAAGCGGGUCCCUCGAAAAAGCGCAGGACGAGGCGGCCGCUCUCAUCGAACCAGGAUGGCGAGGACAAUGAGGACGAGAAUGAUGAUGGUUCGGACGAUUCGGAAGGCGGGGGUGGAGGAGGGAUGGCUGCACGAGUCAGGAAGUUAGCGAUGAUGAUUGCUGGGGAUGAUCUGGCGGAGCUCGAAGAGGAUAGUGAGAGCAGUAUCGACAGUGAUGAAGCUUGGGAGGAGGAAGGAAGUGAUGAAGAGCGAUGGGGGGAUGUCUUUAGGGAUCUAGAUAAAGGCAAGGCGAAGAACAAGAAGGAGGCAAAGGGAAAGGAGGAGACCGUCAGGAAGGCGGCGAUCCCGCUCAAUAUCAACCUUGAUGAGAGUGAUGAUGAGAUAGUCCUCCCGACCAAGGGGAAAGACAAGGGUAAGGGCAAGGCGAGAGAGAUGCCGAAUGGAAAGGGUGCAAAAGCGGCUCAAUUUGGCCCUACUGGAAACGACUCAGACGCCAUGGAAGAUGAGUUGGAUCCGGAGCUUGACGGAGAGCUCAGUCCGAAUGAGUUCGAAGGUGUUGGCGGGAUUGCAAAGCAUGAUUUUGACUCGGAUGACGAAGGAGCAUCAGCCGAAGAGGCUGGGCGUGGCUCGGAUCAUUCAGGAAACUCUGAUGAUGAUGAUGAUGAGGAGGAGGAGGAGGAAAGUGAGGAGGAGGAGGAGGAGGAGGAGGAUGACGAGGAUGAGGACGAAGACGUUGAGCUGCCUUCUGACCUUUCGGACGG